AAAAAUGUUUAGUGAUGAAGUUUAAAAGUAUAGAGAAAUGGAAGAGAUUUUUUUAAAAGAAUUUCAAUAAAGAAAUGGAUCAUAUUUUCUUAUUUCCUUAAAGUUGAGUAUUCAUUAUAUAAUAAAGAUGGUUAAAUAGUUGGAAGAAAGUUGGAUACGAGGGUGAUGCAAAUAACUCAAUAACUUUGGGAAAUAUAAACAGUGAUAUAGGAUAUAAACCUAAACAAGUAUUAAAGUAUGAACCCAUUGAACUUCAUCCAUGGAAUACUCAAUUAAAACCUAAUUUAAUUGAAGGUAUAGAUUAUUAAAUUGUUGACUCUAACAUGUGGUAAUAUCUGAAAGGGUAAUUAUAAAUAUGUGAAUAUAGAAUAAAUAAAUAAAAAGUCGAUUUUACAAUAGAGAGAGAAUCAUUUCUAAACAAUGAGGGUUAAAGAUAAGUAUAAGCAUAUUUAUAAUGCAUUAAAUUUGUUCCCAUAUUCCCUUCCGCUAUGAUGAAACUUCAAACUUCUAUGAUAGAAGGUGAAUAAUACAUAUCACCUAUUGCGUAAACAAGUGAAGUUGUUACUAUUUUAAGUAAAACAUUAAAAACUGUGUAAGAAUAAAUUAUAAAAACUUAGUACUUCAUUUAAAUUUGUUACUAAAGACAAUAUAAGAUUGUAUAAAUUGGGAAGCAAUUGGAGUCUAGAAAAUCUAAAAACAUUUUUAUUGCAAUAACAUAAAGAAAAAAAAUAAUUAAUUGAAUUUACAGACAUAGAAUUUUUAAAUCCUAUUGACACUAAGUUAUUCAAAGAUUAUAAUUUUUAAAAAGAUUAAAUUUUAUUAAUGGAUGCUAAAGAAUCAGAAAAGACCUUUCUAAUUUAAAACAACCUCUUUUAAUUAGAAGAAAAAUGCACCAAUUGUUCAUAAUAUUAAAAUUUGAAUUUUAAUUGUGUGUGCAAAAAAGUUAAAUACUGCAGUGAAGCAUGUUUAUAGUAACAUUCGUAUCAUCAUACAUAAAUAUGUGAAAAAUAAAAUGAUACAGAUGAAAUACUUGUUUAAUUAUUACCUAACACUUUAUCUAAACUAGGUUUAACAGGAUUAAGGAAUUUAGGAAAUACUUGUUAUAUGAAUAGUGCUUUAUAAUGUUUAUCAAAUACUCUUGAGAUAUCAAGGUACUUUUUAGAUAACUCAUUCAAAUUUGAUCUAAAUACUUAAAAUGCAUUAGGAACAAAGGGUGAAUUUGCAUCAUUAUUUUCAUAUCUUUUAAAAAGGCUUUGGUUUGAUAAAUAAUCUUCAAUAUCACCAUUUUAAUUUAAAAGGUUGGUUGGUAAAUUGUCUCCAAAUUUUGCAGGCAAUGCACAACAUGAUGCUUAAGAAUUCAUAACCCUUACACUUGAUUUACUUAAUGAAGAUUUAAAUAGAGUCAAAGUUAAACCUUAUGUAGAAAUUCCUGAUAAUAACAAUAGGCCUGAUGAUGUUGUAAGUUAAGAAUAAUGGGAUUGUUUUAAAAAAAGAAAUGAUUCAUUAAUUGUUGAUGAAUUGUAUGGCUAAUAUAGAUCAAAAUUACAAUGUCCAAAUUGUAAUAAAAUAUCCAUUACAUUUGAUCCUUUUUUAAUGGUCAAUGUAACAAUUCCUUAAGAAUAAAAGAAGCUAUUGGAAUUUUAUGUUAUUGAUCCUGAAAACUUUUGGUUAAGUAAACCAGUUACUCAUUAUUAUGAACCAGAACUGAGACUAAAAGAAGUCCUGUAAUUUAAAUCUUAAGAAUGGCUUAAUUGUGAAUGGGAUCAAAUCAUAUUAACAUUAAGUUCUACUUUUUCAAUUGAAGAAGGUAGUAAAUUUUUAAUAAUUUAGUUUUUUUGGAUUAAAGAUUAGAAUUACUCAAAAAGUAAUUAAAAAAUGAUAAAAAAUUAUAAUUAAGAAGAUUGACAGUCUAAGAAUAAAUAAUUUAAAAUGAAUCUUAAGUUCAUAUUCUCAUUCACAAUUAAAUCUAAACAAUAAGCAAUUGGAAAAAAGAUAUCAUUCCCACUAUGUACUUUAUCUUAUCUCAACAUUAUACAUAUAAAGAAAUUCAUAUGUUUUUCUUUGAUUGUUUUAAAAAUGUUCUUAAAAACUUUUUAGAUUUUGAUUAGAAUUGGCUUAAUUCAGAAAAUCUAUAAGAAGUUUAUUAAUAACAUAUUUUGGAUAAGUAUUGGAAGAUAAUGUUUAAAUCAAAUCAAAGGUAUUAAGUGAAUUGUUCUUAUUGUUACAAAGCAUAUUGUAAUGAUUGUCCACUAGAAUUUAUUGAUAAAAUAUUUGGUGAUUGUUUUGAGAGGGAAGAUAAAUUAUUACAACCAGAAAUCUAAAUCGUAUGGCUUAAACCAUGCAGAGAAAAAAUUGAAGAUGUUUAUACAGAAUACUAAAAGAUAUUCGAUCCUAAUUAUGAACCUCCAGUUGUUAAUUUGAAUUGGGAUAACAAUCAAAAAAGCAAUAAAUAUCAAUAAACCUAUACUUUGGAACAUUGUUUAGAAUAUUCAACUAAGCCAGAAUAACUUUAAGUAGAUAAUACUUGGUAUUGUAGUGGAUGUAAAGAUCAUGUCCAAGCUUACAAAACAUUAUAAAUCUAUAAAACUUCAAAUAUUCUGAUUUUUCAUCUUAAGAGAUUUAAAGAUUCAUACAAAUUAUUUAAAUCAAAAUUACAAACUAAUAUUUUGUAUCCUGAAUAGUUAGAUAUGAGCAAUUUCAUGUUGAAUAAAGGUAUAAUAUAUUAAUAAAUUAAUAGAAAAUAAUAAUUUAUAUGAAUUAUAUGCAAUUUGCAAUCACAUUGGAGAAUCUGGAAGUGGACAUUACACUGCAUUUUGCAAAAACAAUGGUGAAUGGUACAAAUUUGAUGAUUCGAUUGUCAUCAAAGAGACAAAUAGCAUUGUCACUCCUAAUGCUUAUGUUUUAUUUUAUAGAAGAAUCCAUCAUUAAAAUGUUGAAUAUGAUUUAGAAGCUAAAUUAAAAUAGAAUAUAGAUUUAUUAUUAGCGGAUGAAGUAUUUUAGCAAAAUCUGUAAAAAUUAUAACAAGAAAAUGAUGAGAGUAUAGAUCCUUAAAAAUUACAUUAAUCUUCUAUUAAUACAUAAUAAGAAUAAAAUAAACAACCCCUGACUAAAUUAGAUAUAAACUUAGUCAAUAAUUAAUCUAGUAGCGAUACAAACAAUGGGAAUGAUGAUGAAAAUGACGACGAACAUUGAUCUUCAAAUUCUG